CAGUCCACAGCGGAGGGAGCCCCGGAACAUGUAUAGCGCCCCCUGACUUGUUGCUCCAUCAUGAGAGGCGUGUCGGGGGCUGACAAGAUGCUGGGACCCUUCAUCCUCAGCACGUGGGGGGGACAGUAGAGAUCCCUGAGUGGGGAGGAGAAGGUGGAGAUUCAGCAGGAAAGUGCGGGGAUGUGAGCUCAGCAUGUUGUCCAUGCAACAGUUCACCAGCCUGCCAGCUGAGGAGACCUACAGACCAGUCAUCUGCACCAGCAGGGUCUUCGGAGCAGAUGAAGAUAAUAUGGGGGAUGGCUGUUCUCAAAAGCUGGCAUCUGCCAAGUACCUACGGGUUUUGCUGCUCAUUCUGAUUCCAUGUAUUUGUGCUCUUAUAUUGUUGCUGGUCAUUCUGCUCAGUUUUGUGGGUGUAAUAGACAGGAACUGCUUUAACUCUAAUAGAAGUGACACAUUAACAAAUGGAAUUGGAUCUUCUGACAUUCCUUUUUUUAAGAUGAAUGACAACGCCUCAGUAACAGUACCAGUGUGGGAAGUACUAUCUCCUUUGUGGAAAUCUACAACCCAAGCUGACCAAAGUUAUAUAAACUUUAGCAGAGGGACAGAAUCUCUGCAUCCAAAUCAACCUUCCCCUUUUACACAUAGCACAAAAAGCGAACAGACCAAAGAGAAUAAAGAAGCAGAGAACAGGUUUGCUUCUGCAGACGACUUGGCUACUACAAUCUCCUCAACGUUUCGGGAUAGCGCACCUAUAAGUCCAACAACAAAGCCAAUGUUCCCUGCAAUUGUAGUAACAGAAGAUGCCUGUGUUAACAUAACUUACAGCCAAUGCCAACUGCUGCCAUACAACCACACUAUACCGAAGUCUAUGUAUUCCUUUGUCAAGAGCAUAGAUAUGGAGAUGUUUCUGAAGUUCUUCAGCUAUCUCAGUCGUCUCAGCUGCUAUCAACACAUCAUGCUAUUCGGCUGUAGUUUGGCUCUUCCUGAAUGCAUCAGUAAUGGAGAUGACAGUUAUCCCUUACUACCGUGUAGAUCAUUCUGUGAGGCUGCUCAAGAUGGCUGUGGGCCAGUGUUGGAAAUGGUGAAUUCCUCUUGGCCAGAAUUCCUGAGAUGUUCCCAGUUCCAGAACAAGACAGAUAACAGCAACUUGACUCGUGUUUGCUUUUCCCCCCAGCAUGAGAAAGGAAGGCAAUCAUUGUGUGGAGAAAAAGACAGCUUUCAGUGCAGCAAUGGAGUCUGCAUAGGCAAGAAACUGGCAUGCAAUGGAUACAAUGACUGUGAUGACUGGAGCGACGAGAUACAUUGCAAUUGCAGUGAAAAUCUUUACCGGUGUAAUACAGGAAAGUGCCUUAACCACAGCUUUGUUUGUGAUGGAUACGAUGACUGUGGAGACCUGAGCGAUGAGCACAAUUGUGACUGUAACCCUGCACAAAGUUAUCGCUGUGGAGAUGGACGAUGUAUCUCACUGAGAUGGGUUUGCGAUGGAGACCACGAUUGUGCUGACAAGUCUGAUGAAGUCAAUUGUUCUUGUCAUAGCCAAGGUCUGUCUGAAUGCAGGAAUGGGCAGUGUAUUCCUAGUGCCUUUCUCUGUGAUGGAGAUAAUGACUGUAAAGAUGGCAGCGAUGAAGAAAAUUGCACUGACAGUAAGGGUCAGCCAUGCCAAGAAGGGGACUCUAGAUGUGUUUUACCAGCUUGCCCUGGACCAUGUAUCAAAGACCUCAACUGUGAAAUACCUCAAAACAGAACCAACUGUAGUCGAUGUGAACCAAUAACCCUAGAACUAUGUAUGAAUCUGCCGUAUAAUUACACACAUUUCCCAAACUAUCUUGGCCACAGAACCCAGAAAGAAGCCUCCAUAAGCUGGGAGUCAUCUUUGUUUCCAGCCCUUGUCCAGACCAAUUGCUACAAAUAUCUCAUGUAUUUUGCUUGCACUAUUCUGGUACCAAAGUGUGAUCUUGAUACAAACAAGCAGAUACCGCCUUGCAGAUCUCUCUGUGAACAUUCAAAAGAGCGAUGUGAGUCUGUAUUAGGGAUUGUGGGGUUACAGUGGCCAGAAGACACUGACUGUAGCCAAUUUCCUGAUGAAAAGUCGGAUAACCAGACGUGUCUGAUGCCUGACCAGUAUGUGGAAGAAUGCUCACCUAGCCACUUCAAGUGUCUGUCUGGUCGCUGUAUCUUGGCCUCCAGAAGAUGUGAUGGAGAAGCGGAUUGUGAAGAUGACAGUGAUGAAGCAAAUUGUGACUGUACAGAGAGAGGCCUAUGGGAAUGUCCUGGAAACAAGAUGUGUAUUAAACAUUCCAUGAUCUGUGAUGGCUUUCCAGACUGCCCCAACGAGUUGGAGGAGAAGAAUUGCUCAUCCUGCACACAGGAAGAGCUUGAAUGUGCGAAUCAUGAGUGUGUCCCACGGGAUCUGUGGUGUGAUGGGCGAGUGGAUUGUACAGACAGUUCUGAUGAAUGGAGCUGUGUUUCUGCGUCAACCAAUGUAAGUUCAUUGACAGCCCUGGUAAUUCACAGAGAAGCAUCUGACUAUGAAGUUUGUGCUGAUGAAUGGGAAGAAGAGUUAUCUCAAUGGGUCUGCAGGCAAAUGGGUUUAGGAGGUCCCUCUAUGACGUUGGUUACACCCAUCAUGUACCCUCAUCAUUCAGAGCAUAAUAAAUUGUUGCAUCUAAAACCUGAGUGGACAAUGCACAAUGGAUCUGCGUUCCAUGAACUAUUGAUACCAAGGCAGCCGUGUGAAAGCAAAAGCAAAAUUUCUCUUCUGUGCACAAAGCAAGAUUGUGGACGUCGUCCUGCAGCACGAAUGAGCAAGAGGAUACUUGGUGGCAGGACCAGUCGGCCUGGUAGAUGGCCAUGGCAAUGCUCUCUCCAGAGUGAACCCAGUGGGCACAUCUGCGGUUGUGUUCUUAUAGGAAAGAAAUGGGUUUUGACUGUGGCACAUUGCUUUGAAGGGAGGGAACAUGCAGCAGUGUGGAAAGUUGUAUUUGGAAUAAACAACUUGGAUCAUCCAUCUGAUUUCAUGCAGACGCGCCUAGUUAAGACCAUAAUCCUUCAUCCACGCUAUAACAGAGCUGUGGUGGACUAUGAUAUCAGCAUAGUGGAAUUAAAUGAAGACAUUGUGGAGACCAGCUAUGUCAGACCCGUCUGCUUACCGACCAAGGGCCAGUUGGUUGAACCUGAUACAUACUGCUAUAUUACUGGUUGGGGUCAUAUGGGAAACAAAAUGCCAUUUAAACUGCAGGAAGGAGAAGUGCGCAUCAUAUCUUUAGAGCACUGUCGGACAUAUUUUGACACAAUCACAUCCAGGAUGCUAUGUGCUGGCUUUGAAUCCGGCACUGUAGAUUCUUGUAUGGGAGACAGUGGAGGACCUCUGGUCUGCGAGAAGCCCAAUGGACAAUGGACAUUGUAUGGCCUUACGUCCUGGGGAUCCGUAUGUUUUUCCAAAGUUCUCGGACCAGGUGUCUACAGCAACGUGUCACAUUUUGUGGACUGGAUUGGAAGACAAAUCUACAUUCACAGCUUUUUAAUCAACUAAGGCUAUAUUACAGAUCCACGUGAUGAGAGACUAGCAAGACGCCUUAGCCUCAGUCGAGGUUUUCUGUGUUGAGAUAUUUGUUGUGUGUACCAAUGAAAAUUAUAUAUAUUUUUUAGUCCUCAAUAUUAGGUAUUUUAGUCAACACUUUUUUGGACUUUUGUACAUAUCUGUUCACUGUUCUGUUUGUUUUUCUGUGUGAUCAUUCCUAAAUGACCUAAGAUUUCAGGAAAUGUAUUUUACUGUUGUUCAAGGGACGAGUUGAAUAUAUUAUAUAUGUUUGUAUAAAUGGGGGACAUGUUUGCUUCAUUUUGUAGAAUCAAAUUCUUUUUUUUAGAAUGUAUUAACGGACCUUCCUUAGGUGUAAGUAAAUAUCCAUCUUUACUGAGCCACAAAAUAAGUGUUUCCUCUACGCCCACAUAUUCCAUGGUAAGCCACCAAAUGCUUGGGCACACUAGCAUAAAUACUAAUCGGGAAAACUUCUCAUACCUCUUUUCAUACCUCUGUGGCAAAAUUACAACUCCCAGCAUGCCCUGGCAUACUGGGAGUUGUAGUUUUGCAACAGAUGGGAGUCCACAAUUUUGGAGAUCGCUGCUCUAAGUAAGUGACAACCAUAAUAAGUGAUAAAAUCUGUGAUUAAAAACGUGUAAGGCUAAGUUUCCAAAUUUUUUUUUUUUUGCAAAACAUCCCAAAAAUUUCCGCAGCGGAAAUUCUGCAUUCCGGAUUCAAUAUAAUUAUAAGACAUCUUUAAAUUUUGCAGAACUGUUCAGAGCCCCAUUGAAGUUAAUCUGUUUUGAAAGAACAGAAAUGCCUCUGGAAUUCCGCUCAAAUUAUGCAAAACUGCGAAAAAUCCUCAGUCUGCUUUUCUAUGCAGAAUUUAAGUGGAAUAUCAGAAAUUCUGUUGUGUGAACAUAGCCCUAUAGUAUCUUUGUAUGUUUGAUAGAGGCAAAAAGACUGGGAGCCCCACUGGGGACAGGGACUAGUGUUAUUAGAUCGCUUGAACAAAGCUGCAUAGUUUUUAGCUGCUAAGUUGUCACCAGUUAAAGAGGUUGUCCAGGAUUAGAAAAACAAGUUUUUUGUUUUGUUUGUUUUUUUAAAACAGCACCACUCCUGUCCACAGGUUGUGUCUGGUAUUGCAGCUCAGCUCCACUGCAGUGAAUGAGAUUGAGCUGCAGCAUUACACACAAGGUAGCGGUGCUGUUUUUACAAAAUUAAAAACCCAGCAUGUUUCUAAUACUGGGCAACGUCAAGAACAGUAACUGGAUGUCCAUAUACGGAUAAACUAGUGGCCACUAAAAGCUUUCACCUGACAGUGGGGGUUCGUUACACUCACCAGUUAACUCAUGAUUCUGGCACUUAAAGGGUCACACCUAGCACAUCCGCAAUGAUGCGGAAGGACCGAUGAUGUCAUCACUAGAGUGAGCUCUUUACUGCGUCCGUGUGUCCUGCAUGUCUGUAGCCGUAGCAGAAAUUCACAGACAUGGCAGUCGCUUCCCCUGCUCCCUGAGCUAGGCCAAGAGCGGCUGCGAUGUCUGAGAGUAAACUGUGCAUGCGCACGCUUUGUAAGGGUACAUUCAGAUGAGCAGAUCCACAAGGUAUUUAAGCUGUGGAUCCGCCGCCGAAGGACCCCUGCAGGGUACCUUUAGAUGUGCCUGCUCGGAGUGGCAAUACACCGCUAUGAGCAAACACACUGCGAUGUGUGAGUCGCCACAUGCAUGCGCAGCAUACUCGCACAUCAGGGCUGCUCUCGGCCUAGCUCAGGGAGCGGCCGCGAUGUGAGCGAGUAGACCACACAUGCGCGGCGACUUGCAUAUUGCAGCAGUGUGUAUGCUUGUAGGGGCGUAUUGCCGCUCCAUGUAGGGGUCCUUCGGCGGCGGACCCACAGCUAAAAUAUGUGUGGAUCCGCUCAUCUGAAUGUAUCCUAAUACAGAGUCACAGAUGCUUGUGUGUCUGCUCGUAGCAGUGGGUUGCUGCUAUGAGCAGACACGCAGAACACACGAGAGCAGCAGGGAGCUCCCUUUAGUGACACCAUUGACGCAUCUAAGCGUCAAAUACGCUGCGGAUGCGCUACGUGUUAUCCUACCCUAUAAAGGUACUAUACCAGAGAAAAUAAAUAAUUAAAAGUCCCUUUAGGGUACGUUCGCACAUGCGUAUUUUUGCUACAGAUCUGAUGCUGCAGAUUUUGCUGCCCUUUGACUUAAAUGGGCAGCAAAAUCUACUGAGGCAGAUCUGCUGCAAAAAUACUUAUGUGUGAAUGCGCCCUUACUGUACAUUAAAACUUUUUUCAACAUCUUUUUGAAGCUUCCCAACCGGUGUAUCUCCGGCUGUUGCAAAACUACAACUCCCGGUAUGCUGGGAGUUGUAGUUUUUCAACAAAUGAAGACACACUGGUCGCGCAUCACUGUCUUGUAGUGUAAGGUAACAAAAGGCAAAUAUGUGUGUGAACACUGAUGCAAACCAACAGCUGCCCUUUAUUACAUUAGAUACAUUGCAUAUGAUAAGGUUAGAAGUCACACAUGGAAAAAACGGAUUCCAGAUGUUUAAUGUACACUAAAGAGCCUACAUUUCUCCAAUAAGUCCUUAAGUUGAUGCCAGAAAUCAAAAAGCUGCAAUUUCAUUGGCUCUCGUAGAGGUAUUUAACUGUAAAUUACUUGCACAUAAAGUAGAUUUUUUUCCAGCAAAAAUGAAGGUAUAAUCAUGGCACAGAAGGACUGAAGUUCCCCAUAGAUCAGCACUGAUGUACACUUAUAUUGUUGAUUAUGUGAAUGUUCAUAAAUAUAUAAUGACAGGUUAUAAUGUGUGACUGGCAAACAGAAACAAGCUCUAUUGUAAAAUAUAGAACAUCUGCUACCUAUGCUUUCUUUUUUUUAUUAGUGGUCUGUAAAUAAAGAGAUCUAGAUUUCUAGUAAUAGUUUUUUUUAUUUAUUUAUUUUUUUAUUGUAUUUGCGUUCCUUUGUGAUAUAUUGUAAUAUUAAUCAUAGGUAGAGUUUAAAUUCACUUAAACAGACAAUGUCAUUAGAACAAACUUUGCAUAGCUCAAAAGUACAAGCAAAUCCCAUAUUUGUUGGCGUAUAACACGCACCUUCAUUUUCACAGGGAAAUUUGAGAAAAAA